AUGAAUUGUGACACCGCCAAAAACUUGUGGGAAAAACUAUUGAGUGUAUAUGAACAAAAGUCUGAAACAUCUGUUACGUUAAUUCAACAAAAGUUUUAUCGUUAUUCCAUGAAUCCAAAUGAUAAUAUUGCUCAACAUAUAUCAAAAUUGGAGUCGGAAAUUAAAACAGCAAGGUGAACCAAUAUCAGACUCGAUGUUGAUAACCAAAAUUCUAAUGACCCUGCUAGAUAGAUACAAACAUUUCUAUAGUGCAUGGGACUCGAUGUUAUAUAAAGCCAAAACUUUAUUAAAUCUAUCAUUAAGACUCAUGGUGAAAGAAGCAAGAAAACUACAAGGACAAGAGGUUCAUAAUAAAACAGAAGUGCUUUUAUAGAAAAAGGUGGUAAGGUAUUUAAAAAUCCAAACAGCUGGUGGAGCGGCCGUGUAUGUUAAUAGCAGAAAAAACAGAUGCAUGGUUGGUUAUUUAUUAAACGGCUAUUAUUGUUUUAUUAUCAGUAAAAGUAAUUGUAUUUAUAUCUAGCAUAGAGUAUUAAUUUAUGACUUGGAUUAAGAUUAUAGUUAUUUUAGUACGCGAUAGUCGUAAUAUUUAGUGAGUAAUACCUAGUAUCUAGUAUUUUAAUAUUUUUUUAUUUUAAUUGCUGGUGUUACGAACUUUGUUCUUCACAUGUAAAGUUUAUUAAUUAUAAAUUAAGAAUUCCACGCGACAAGAUAUGAAAUCGGUCGUCGCAUUAAGUGUACGCACGUCGUUAGGACCAUUAAUACGGGAGUGGUAAACCGACGACGUUCCCAUGCAACAACGGAUGAUACAUGUUCAUGGGCCCAAGGGAAAACGUAUCCAAGUACGGACGACGUGCCACCAGUAGACAACGGCGGAAGCGUCCACCACCAUCUAGGCCCCGAUCGAGGCGACAACAAUAUAUAAGACCGGAAUCAUCACCGAAGAGAACCUGAACUCAGUCAGCAGUCAAGAGAGUCACCACCACCGAAGCACAAGAAGAAGGAGCACCAUCACCUUGAUAUCAACUCGUUCAGUCAUUUCUUUAGUGUACUUAUACCUAAUAAUUACAACUAAGUCUUGACCCGGGUCUGGUGUCGCAGGGUUUUCACUUAUAGUUACAACUUGUCAACCGUGUUUUGUUUAAAUUUUAAUAAAAAAAUAUUUGUAAACCUAACACACAUGUGCAUUUUCCCAUUAAAAGGCUGUGUCCGAACGGUCCGUAACACUAGGUUCGUUUUAUGUUUUUUGCUAUAACAAAUGUGUGCGUACAGUUAAACAUAUUUUUUUUGCUAAUAAGUUUUGAAUUUCCAUUCAAUUUUAAAUUGUAAAAAUAACAUUGUGCUUUGUUUUUAAUUGUAAUGAAAGAAGUGAAAAGCAAUUUUUAUCUAGAGUUCAUUUUCAUGUGUUUCCACGUCGAAAUCACCAACUAGGUUUCGAAGUAGGAUCAAUUAUUGUAAACGAAAAAACUUUAACCCUGGUAAAGGCGCGAAAAUUUGUUCAAAACAUUUUAAGCUUAAAGAUUAUAAUCAGUCACAUUUAUUACGACAACAAUUAAUGCCCAAUAUAAAAGUCAAAGUAAAACUUAAUGGAAAUGUUGUUCCUACGGUUCCUCAAAAUAUUCCCUCUACUUCAAAUUUAUCCGAACGAAAAAAAAAUAUAAAGGUUAAAAGAAAAAAUAUAUAUAUCUCCUUUAAUGACAAGUACACCAAAAAAAUUAAAGCCCUCAUUUUGGUCUUUUGAAAAUAAUAAAUAUAAAUCGAGUGAUGUUGAUGAUGUAGAAGACGAUAAUUUAGUGGUGAUUACAAGUGAAUCAUUUGUAAUGAAGUAUUAAAACAUCAUCAUUAUUUAUCAUUAAAUUUUUUAUUUAAUGAGAUUUCAACUUCGGAGGAUAAAAGUUUUGAAGUUUAAGAUAAGGAUAUCGAAGUACAUCAAACUGAAAAAAUUCCACGAAUAAAUGUAAAUCUAAAGAAAUAGAAAAUUAUUCGUGUUCCAUUGUUUUUUGGGAGUGUUAGUCAAUUUAUUUAUACGUUGCCAUUACUGUAAUGCUAAAGUGGAAAAUAUUAAUAGUUAUACCAAGGGAGCAAUAUUGGCCGUACAAACUAUAUGUGAAAAUGGGCAUAUUUUCAAAUGGAUAUCUCAGUCAUUAUCUGGUAAACGAGUUGUAGGAAAUAUUUUAAUAGAAGCUGCUUUAACGUUAUCCGACGUAUUAUUUAAUCAUAUAAAAACCUUUUGUUCGUCUUUAAAAUUUACCUUUUUUUCAAGAACAGUUUAUGAUAAAAUCAUUAACAUCUAUACAGUACCUGUAGUUAAACUAAUUUAGGAUCAACAUAGACAAAAUAAUAUAAACAAACUAAAAAUGGAUAGAAGUAUUUGGUUAGCUGGUGAUAGUCAAUUUGACUCCCUCGGUUUUUGCGCCAAGUACUGCACGUACUCAGUCAUGGAUGGUCGAAGCUCAAAAAUAAUAGAUUUUAAAAUUACUCAAAAAGAAAUGGUUCAGGGUGACUUAAAAAAAGACUAAGAAUCGCUACUUCAUGAACUUGAAAAACCGACGAAUGUAACAUUAAUGUAUUUUUGACAGAUCGACACAAGGGAAUUCGUUGUCAUAUUCGAACACUUAUAUCCGGACAUCGAACAUAAGUUCGAUGUUUGGCAUUUAUCAAAAAGUUUGUCAAAACGAUUAAGAACUCUAGAAAAAAAUCACCAUAGUGCUUUUAUGUGGAAAACAAGUAUAAUAAAUCACUUAUGGCGGUCUUCUCAAAUGUGUAAUGAUAAUGGAACUGAAUUAGUUGAAAAAUUUACAUCAGUUCUGUAUCACAUUUCAAAUAUUCAUCAAUGAAAUGAUAAUGGACAGAAAAAAAAAUGUGAGCAUGAUCCACUCACCGAUAAAGAAAUAAAAAAAAAACUUUGGAUUCCAAAAAAUAAUGAUUCGUAUUUUGCGUUGAACAAAAUUGUCACUAACAAAGAUUUAUUGAAAAAUGUAUUUCACGCUAAACAUUUUAUUCACACGGGUCGCUUAGAGUCAUAUCAAAACAUACGUUUAAAGUAUAAUAUGCCAAAAAGUAUUCAUUUGAAGUGCGAAGGAAUGUAUAUUCGAUCAAUUAUUGCUAUUUUAGAUCAUAACAAUAAUACAGACAAAAAAAUAAUUGAAGAUAAAAUGGUUUAUUCCAAAACGGAAGGUAUACAAUAAAAAACACUUAUGAAAACACGGAAGAAAAUUGGAGAAUAGAUAUUAUAAACAAAGUGCUUUAUGGCGAUUAGAAUGCCAUUGAAACCACCAGAAAAAAAUGUAAAACCAAAAAAAGAUAUUGUACAGACACCAAAGUCAGAUAUUGAAGAAUUAAAAUCAAAAAAGUAUUCUAGGUUUAAGUAGUGUAAAUUAUUACAUUAUGUACAAAAAUAAGUACAGUUAAACAAUGUUUUCAAAUAUUUAAAAAAUAUAUUUUUAAGUGUUUAGGAUGGCUCCUAUUAUUUAUUUCUGUGAUUUUACUUUUAAUAACAAUUGAUACGUAAUAAAUUACCUUGUUUUGUUACCCAUAUGAACUAGAUAUUAUUCGUCUUAAAUACAUAAUAUAGGUAAUAUGGUAUCAUAGCACAAACUGUGAGAAUACAUCCGAUUAGUAACAGACACGUGUAUACGUACGUAGGUACGUCCCGCCGUGAGUAGGAUCUUAUGACGUCACACAUCUCUGCUUUCAAUUGAGCUUUGUGGUCGGUAGAUAAUGAGCACAAGGUAAAUAGUGUCCGGGUUACGCGAAGUUUUUAAAUAGCCCCCGGCCCAUACAUUUGCCUUUGUAGACGUGGUAUAAUUUUCAAAACAUUCAGGCUAUUUUUAUGCUAAUUUUUAAGGGGUAUGGAAACGGAAGGAACACUGUGGCACUGUGAAGUUAAUGAUUUUCUCUCUGAAAAGGAGAGUAGGAGCAACUAUUGAACCAUCUAAAUGUUUAUGUAGAAAUAAUAAAUUUGCAGCUGCACUUCUAAUAGCCAGUGAUGUGAGUUUGAGUACGCUGAGAACAGGAAAAUAGUCAUGCGAGGCAUGAUUAGUCUUCAGAACAUAGGAAGCUAAUGAUAAAAAGCGUAUCUAGAAGCGCUCUAAUUGUAUGAAGCUUGAUGCUGUGUGAGGAUUCCAUAACACGGAUCCAUAUUCAAUAAUAGAUCGAACUAAGGAACAAUAAAGAGAUUUUGACUAAACCUAGUACUUUGAGAGCCAAGCAAGAAGAUAAUUCAAUGUGUGGAUGACAGUCAAGUGUAAGAGUGUAAAUAAAACUCAGGUCUUUUACACUCUGCACCGAAACAAGAGUAGAAUCAUAAAUCUUGUAUUAGAAAGAAAUAACAGAUCGACAUCUAGCGAAUGACAUAGUUUGACACAUUUCAAUACUGUGGCUUAGACCCAGUGAUUUCAAGUAGGAAACUACAUCGUCUAAACUAGAUUGCAGUAAAUGACAAUCUUUUAUUAAGGUAAUUUUCUGGAACAGCUUAAGGUCGUCGGCGAAAACAAGGAAGUGGCAGUUGGGUAAUAUUUGUUUCAAGCCGUUUAAGAACAGGGCAAAUAAUAGCGGUGAUAAAUGGCCACCUUGGAGAACACCAGAAGGUACCGUAGUAGCCACUGUUUACUGACCGUUUGUCUUGACCCAUUGUGUUUUAUCUGCUAGAUAUGAUAGACUUGAUCCAAGAUAAGAGGGGAUCUCCAAAGCCUGACUUAUAAAGAACUUGUAUAAGGGCUGAAUGGUCUACACAGUCAAAGGCCUUUAAUAAAUCAGUAAAUAUUGUGUCUACCUGGGAGUAGUUUUCAAAGACCUCAAGGAUAUAAUUAUUGAACACAAUUGAGCUCAUCGUAGCGGAGCAGCCUGGUUUAAAGCCUUACUGUUCAUCUGUCUGUAUGGAGUUAACAGAUGGCUGGAUACUUUUGCUAAAUGAAAAAGUAUAGAGAUAGGUCUAUAAUUCUUCACGUCGGAUUUAUCAUCUGAUUUGUGUAUAGUAGUAACACAACUCAUUUUCCAUAUAGAAGGAAAAACUCGCUCUUUAAAUAAGCGUCAGAAGAGUAGCCAUAAAGGAAAGCUAAUAGCAGAUUUAAUGUUGUAUAAAUCAAUACCAGAGAGCCCGUUAAGACCAAUUUAUUUUACAUCCUUUAACUUAUUAAGACCAGUUUCAAUAUCUGAAAUGCUGACGCUGCAGUUGCUUGGCAGAUCAUGUUGCAAAAAUGGCAUAUCGAAUGUAACAUUACUGGGGGAUGUGUACAUGAAAUUAAAAUGGGCAGCAAAUAAAUUAGAAACCAUCAUAGAGCCGGCGCAUUAUCUGGCGUUAUAUAAACGUAUCGCGACGGAGUUAUUAUCUGUACUUUAA